AUGGGGAACACCGACUCGAAAUCAAGUUCGAUUCUGCUGAACCAUUGCAUUGCCCUGGUUCGACCGGACGACGCAGUCGCGGCCCCGGUCUCGCUAUCUCCCUCCCCGACUCCCUCACCUUCUCUCUCCAGCACCAGUGCUGCUGAUCCCUUGAGCGUGAACCUGGCGAUCUUCAGACUGGACCCCGGUCCGGACCUCGACGCCCUGCUCAGCGGCAAACCGGGCGUCCCGCUCGACGUUGACGCCGUGUUCAACGAGUUCUACCUUGAUUUCAUCUCCAUGGACGUCCAGGACUUCCGCAUCAACUCCAACUUCAAAAAAAUCCUGCACAUCAUCUCCAGUCUGAACCCGGCCAACUUCAACAACCUCAUCGUGUUUCUAUCGCUGUACAUCGUGCUGUCCGCGGACUGCCCGGCCGCCACCCGCUCAGGGCUGCACACGUCCGGGCUCAUCAACGCCAUCAAGACGCUGUCGAUUCUCAUGCCCAUCUACUACGACAGGUCUAGGUCCAGCACGCAGGACCAGUGCGACGUGUUCUGGGCCACGCAGCACGAGGCAGAGGCAGACGUAAAGCCCCUCCCCUUGCAAAACACCCUUCUGGGCGAAAAGCUGCUGUUGGCGAUUUUGAAACUGGCUUUCCAGACGGACUUCACCACGGCCACAACCGCCCAUGCGGCUCAACUGUGGGAAAUCGGCAUCCUGACCAACUCCAACAAGUACCGCUCGUUGCUGGGCACGCACUUGCAAUGGCACACUUUCGCCAACAGGCUGCUUCUUUUGCGCCUGUUGGCAGCUCUGUUCUCUUCGGACUUGUAUGCCUCCGCCGCGCAUACGGGCAAGCACGACGUCAACAUGUUUCUGGUCUACUGGUGCACGCAACUGCCCAAGGACAAAACCAUUCAGUUCACUUCUUCACUGCUCAACUGCAUUAUGCGGUUCGCUCUCAACAACAACAAGGAUUUCCACAGCUUGAAAACCAACUUCUUCAACUCCGACGCCACAGCAAACAACUGGCAGACCCUUUACUUCCAGUUCGUCCAGUCGUGUCUGCACGUCUUGAACCUCUCGCUGUCUUAUAAGGCCCAGAACAACAUCGUCACCAUCUUCCUCACGCAACUGCAGCGCGAGUACGAUUUGAAAUUGAUUUUGUCCAGUUUCAUCAAAAUCUUCAAAUACCCCAUUGAUCUCGCAAUAGAACAAGAAUCGAAUAUUUUCAAUUUCAGCAACAACCGCACGACCAAUCAUGUCGACACCACCAGAAGGAGAGCCGCAUCCGCCACCUCCAACGAUGGCGUAUCGUCUGCAUAUUCUUCACCGCCGAAUUCUUCCUCGUCUGCUAAUAGCAGCAAACCGCAAAAAAGGACCCAACUACCCAACAUCCACCCCUUGCUCAUUCCUAUGACCCUUCUCACAACAAGUUUGAUUGAUUGCAACAAAUCCUUCCAAAACUAUUUCGCCGAUAAGUUUGCCAAUCGAUUCAUCAUAUUCGCCAUCUAUUACUUGAAGUAUUACGAUUUUUCGUCUUCGUCUUCCUUCUCGUGCUCUUUAUCCGCAACAAACUCAAAUUCUUCCACAGGAAAUGGCCCAUCCAGUGAUACGAUUGACGAGCAUUCUGUAGCCGAAUUGAACGAAAAUAGCAUUUCUCAAAUCCUGCUACCAUUGCUCAACCAUCUUCUAUUGAUUUUGACUUCCAAAAAGCUUGUUCUUUUCAAAAUGUUACAAACUUUUAACCUGAAUUACUACACGAACAGUCUGCCAAACUUUUAUAAACUCACCAACAUCAACGGGGACAUCAAUAACUUGACAUUCAGAGAUUUCACUAUCAUUCAAUUAUCGAACUUGAUUCUGGAAAACAUUAAGUUCAACUUGCAACCAAACCCGAUUUUCUAUGAGUUGAUCUACAAUCUACUACCCAUCAAUGACGAGAUUUUGACCAGUUCUCUCAAGAAUGACGACUCGCACAAUGAUUUGAUCCUUUUAUCAGCGAAGAAAAAAUUCACACAAUCACCAAACACUACAUCCAGCCACAUACCUUCAUCAAAGUUAUCCUAUAAUGCUGCAAUGUCCUUACUUUACAUUCUUUCCAAAUCAUCAAAUAAAGUUUAUCUGACCACUUAUGCAACACCUCUGUUCAAGACAAAGGAAAUACCAUAUAUGAUAUCGCCAGGUUUCAAAAUGGAUUUAUUAUCACUACUAUUAAGGUCAAUCACAAUCUUCGUGAACUUGUAUUUCGAAGAUGCAGAGAAUUUGCUGUUUGCUAUGUCAAGACAUCAAUCGAUCUGUCACCAGAUUAACGAUUCCAUAAAUUCCAUUUCCAAGGCUUUAAACAUGAACCCGAAUUCAAAUUUGCAUGUCAUGAACUUGAAAGAAAUGGGCUUCAAUAGGAAAGUCCAAUGGAAGGAUUUCUACCAAUUCGAUGAGAUUACCGAUCUACCUCAAGUUAAGCUACACUCAUUUUCAAACCAACAGCAACAGUCACAACAACAGAACCAAAAUGACAGUCAGGGUCAUAAUCAAAACGAAGACCAAGGUCAAGAUAAUGAAUCUCCAGCACCCUAUUUGCUUUUCGAUCCGUCUUCGCUAAACAAUGAAACGUUGAGCACAUCUAACCAUUCAACACACCCGAACCAUGAUAAGAGCUACGAAGUCAUCGCUUUCAUUGAUUAUAGGUCGGAUUCCAAUUUGAACUUACAACAUCAACUAAAAUACUGGCCACAUAGACCUCAAUGGCCUACUCAAUUGACGUUUACACACAAAUGUAAAAAUUUCAAGUACGAAAAUUUCGACGAAGUUUGGUCUGGUAUGGUUUAUUUGCAAAACUUUUCGCGAUUAAUCAAACAUGUUUUAUCGAAAAUUCCUGAAAUUCCAAGAAUCAAAUCGGUGCAGUAUUUUGAAACUUUAGCAAAAUUGUCAGCUUUGAAGUCUGACAUAUUGACUACAAUUCGCCCCCAACUACCACUCGACAUCCAAAGAAUGACGACUUUUCAACCUUUAUCAAUGCAUAUCAAUGACGAUUUAUUGGUGUGGUUCCAUAUUAUCACGUGGGCCAACAUUUUCACGCAAACGUCAUUCAAAUAUGAGGAAAGCCCAUCACCCGAGUUAAGGCACUUUGAAUCUUUGUUAGACAUAAACAUUGACGAAAGUGACAAUAAUAAUACUAUUUCAAGACCAACAACCGAUCGUUUGGGGUACAUACGGAGAUCGAGAGGCCAAUCAUCUGUAAGCUUAGAGAGAACAAUCAGCGCUGGAUCGGGUGUAGGAGCUCCAACAACUCCUUUGAAUAGAACAAAGAGUAACGGAAGUGGCACUUUAAUCAAUCAUAUCUUGCAAAACACAACUCAAAACCAUUUCCAUCAUUUAAGAUCAUCUUCAUCUUCGUCCUCUAUUGCUUUAGAGAGAACUAUUUCUAACAGUUCCGUGACAAGAAACAGGCCAAAUAAUUCUCAACAUGCUGUUUCUGAAACCGAUAACAACAAUAGCAGCAAUAAUAAAAAUAUUAACAACAAUAAUAACAAUGGUGGAUUCUCCUUCUUCAAAUGGAAAUGGGGAGGCAAUAGCAAUAACGGUAACAACAAUGAUUCAAGCAGUGGUCAAGCAAAUGCAAAUUCGAGCACACCAAACACCGCUGAUAACUUAAAUAGUUAUAUGCUGGAUGAAGAAAUCAGCGCGGGUGUAGUGAAUAAUAUAAUCGAGAGUAACAUUUGGGUUGGAACUGAUAUCCGACUCUUUAGGGUUGGAGACUUCAAAAAGGAAUCGUUUUCAUUUCUGGAAAUGACGUCUUCCUUUUUCAAGAAAUUUAAGUUCACAAACAGCGAUAAUGAUAAUUACAAUAAUAACGAAAUUGAUGAUAAUGCACAGUUGAGAUAUACUUCUAGAGGGUUGUACAGAUAG